UGCUUCCAACUCAGUCUGAAAAUAAAAAACUUUCUUAUAAUACGCGAGAAAGAAAGAAGAGUGUGGAAUAGUGGGCUCACCGAGCGAGAGUUGGAAACUUUCCGGAAAUGGCUGCUCAGAAGGGAAGCGUGUGUGUGACCGGUGCUGGAGGAUUUGUCGCCUCGUGUCUCAUCAAGCUUCUCCUCUCUAAAAACUAUUCUGUCCACGCAACCGCUAGACAACCCGGAGAUGCAAAGUAUGCUCAUUUGAGUACGUUUGAGAAUGCAUCGGAAAACCUGAGACUGUUUAAGGCAGACUUAUUGGAUUACAGCUCUAUACAUGCAGCAGUUGAAGGGUGCAUAGGAGUAUUCCACGUUGCUAGUCCAGUUCCUUCAACUACUGUACCAAAUCCUGAGGUAGAAUUGAUUGAACCUGCUGUAAAGGGCACACUUAAUGUGCUUAAAGCAAGUCUUGAAGCAAAAGUUAAGCGAGUUGUUGUUGUGUCCUCUGUGGCUGCUGUGUUCAUGAAUCCAUCGUGGCCCAAGGAUCAAGUGAUGGAUGAAACAAGCUGGUCUGAUAAGGAAUACUGUAGAACUAUUCAGAACUGGUAUUGUCUUUCUAAAACAGAAGCAGAAAGUCAGGCACUGGAGUUCGCAAAAAGAAACGGGCUUGAUGUAGUAACUGUAUGUCCUACACUUGUUUUGGGGCCAAUUCUGCAGCCUACAGUGAAUGCAAGUAGCUUAGUUCUCAUUAGACUUCUGAAAGAAGGGCUUGAAUCAGUGGAAAACAAGGUUCGGACAAUCAUUGACGUGCGUGAUGUAGCUGAGGCACUAAUCCUGGUAUAUGAGAAGCCUGAGGCUGAAGGAAGAUACAUAUGCACAGCACACACUACCACUGCAAAGGGUCUGGUGGACAUGCUGAAGAGUAUAUACCCCCACUAUAACUAUCCUAAGAACUUUAUUGAAGUGCAGGAAGAAGGCGGCAGGUUGAGUUCAGAGAAAUUGCAAAGGUUAGGUUGGAGCUACCGGCCAUUGAAGGAAACUCUCAUUGAUUCCGUCGAAAGUUAUCGCGAGGCGGGGCUCUUGGAUUGAAAAGAGGUGGUUUUGCCUUCCCAAAUUGGUUCGGUCCUGAAGUUGUUUGAAGAUAGGCAGUGGUGAAACGUUAGAAUUUGUGGAUUACCUCCAAACUUCCAAAAGAGAAGAGAGAAGGCAACAAAUUCAUGUGUAAUAACUUAAUGAUAAAUAAAAUUUGUAGUGGAAUAAAGGUCAAAACUUGAUCCAAAGUUUUGUAGUAACUUAAUCUAUGAAAAUGUUUUUUUGCUGUAUUGAGAAUGCUCAACAAAAAAAUCCCA